GUUACAUUCAGAGGCACCAAUCGCUGUUGGAGUAGCGCAGAAACCAGUGGAAGGCUAACUGAUGUAUUCAAUAGUGUUAUCAUGACAGGUUCCAGCUCAUUCUAUGAUUGCUACAAAUUACAGAAUGAAGACAAUGUAGACCUAAAUCAAACAUACAGUUCUUCACUUUCUACAUCAUCAGAAUAUUCAACUUCUGUUGACUCUUCUCUCUUAUAUGCACCAUGGUCUACAUAUGGAGAUGAUAUUAAACAAUCUGCUGUUUCUCAGAUUAGUGUAAAGAACAGGAUUCAAACUGAAAGAAAUGACUAUGGCAGUGAAACAGACUUAUAUGGACUUGUCUCUAACAUCUUGGAAGAACAAGAUAAAUCACAGCCAUAUUUUGCUGAGGGGACCUGCUCCUCAAAUUUAAAGUCAGUAUGGCCUGUGAACACAACCAGAUUUGCAGACCACCAUGACCUGUUGUUGGAAUCAAAAAGGCCUGUAGUUGCAGCUACCUCUCAACAGGUUUUUUAUACUGGUGAAUCCAUAUCUGCUGCUGAAAAACCAUGCUUGCACAGUGGCAAUCAAGCAUCACAACAGAAAAUAAAUGAACUUUAUCAUGGAUUUACUAGCAUGGACCUUGAAGAGCAAUGGUUGUACCCUUCUAGGAAUGAUCAUGCAAGCUGUUACAACAUGCAGACCAAUGAGAAUGCUAAAACACCUCCAUUACAAAGCUAUUCAUAUAUCAAAAACUCUUUUAUACCACAAACUGGUUUUUCAGAUGUAAUAAAAGAAUCAGGAGCAGAUACUUAUUCAUAUGGAAGAGAUAAAGUGUGCGCCAAAGGGCCUGAAGUGCAGUUACAACAAAAGCGGGCAGAAAUGUUUCUUCCACAGUUUAACAGAUACAGUGAAAAUGCAGAUUAUUGUAGAUACCCAGAAUAUUCUCAUCCCAGUAAAGCAAAGCAUAAUAAGAGUACAAACUUCAGUGUCCAAGAUAGUAAAAAAUUAACAAAUGGAAUACCUGAAGUACCAGGUGUGGAGACAGAUACCUACACUAAAUUAUUUCAAGUUAAACCAGCAAUUCAGAAAAAAAUUGAAGAUACAAUUCCAGAUCAGCAGAACUUUACAUUUUCUAAAACUACAGGACUCUUGUCAGAAAACCAGUUUGCAAAUGAACCUUCAUUUACCACUGACUUUGGGUUAAAAUCUGAGUAUGGACUAAAAUCUCAUGCAGCUUGUCCAGGAAGUAGUGAUUUUGCAAAUGCCACAGAAAAACAACUAUUUUCAAAAUCUGAUCCCCAGAAUUCUGAAUAUUUUAAAUCACUGACCUUAUUAUCAAACUCAGCAACCACUUCAGCAGGCACUAGUGUGAGGCCAACUUGGAUGAAUAUUCAAACUAAAAACAAUACUUCUGUCCUGUACCAGAAUCCAAGCACCUUGAUGAAGUUGAGUAACCAUCUGUCUGCUACUCCAAAAGGUUCCAAUAAUUCUAAUGAUUUUUCUCAAUUGUCAUCUUCAAAUUUAACUUUAAAUAGUAACUUGUUUCAGAAAUUCUGCCAAGAAAAUCCUUCAGCAUUUUCUAGUUUUGAUUUCGGUUAUAAUACUGCAGAACGAAUUCAGCCUGCUAAUCGUGUGGAAGGACUAACUAAGGUUGGAGACGAGAGUCUCUUUGAACCAGUUACUGAUAAAAAAAUUAAGCAGUCAAAUGGUUUUUGUGAGAACUAUUCAGCUCAAUAUGGGAUCACUGAAACUUUGAACAAACACAACUUCCAAGCUAAGCCACAAAGUGGACAUUAUGAUCCUGAGGAAGGACAAAAACAUCUAGAUGUAUUGCCACAGAACACAUACCAGGAUCUGUUGGAGUCUCACGGUCACUUUAAUAGCCACAGACAGGGAGGUGGAGACAGCAAUAUUGUCAAUAGCCGUGUAAAUCGCCCACAGGCUUCCUGCUUUUCAAACAAUUAUAUGAUGGGUGAUUUAAGACACAAUCAUAACUUUCAGCAACUUGGUUCUAAUAGGUUUCCCUUGCGAUCCACCCAUCCAUUUGGCCAUUCAGUUGUUCCCCCGAUGGAUUCCUAUGAUUUGUUUUCUUACGAUGAUUUAAGUAAUUUAUAUCCUUAUUUUAAUGAUAUGAUGUAUGGUGAUGGUUCUUUCUCUGGUUUUGUACCAACAUUUGGCUUUCAAAGACCAAUUAAAACUCGUAGUGGGCCUGCCAGUGAACUUCAUAUUAGACUGGAAGAAUGUUAUGAACAAUGGAGAGCAUUGGAGAAGGAAAGAAAAAAGACUGAAUCUGCUCUUGCCAAGAACUACCCAGGGAAAAAGGUUUCCAGUACUAACAACACUCCAAUUCCAAGGUUGACCUCAAACCCAUCAAGAGUUGAUCGCUUAAUUGUGGAUCAGCUACGUGAACAAGCCAGAGUCGUGACUUUACUUGGAAAAAUGGAACGUCUUCGCAGUUCUCCCCUUCAUGCUAAUAUCUCCACUGCUCUUGAUAAACAUCUGGAGGUAAUUCAUAUAGUGCAGUCACGUAGAAAGGAUGAAAUUGUAAAUGCUUCAAAUCGGCAAAGGCAAGGAGCUCCAAGAUGCCAAGAUGACAGAGAUGUUUUUGCCCUUGCUUUGGCAAUUAAAGAGAUGAGUGUAGCAACACGCAAAGCACGUACUACCCUUUGGUGUGCACUUCAGAUGACCCUACCAAAAACUACCACUAUAGCUGCACAAGUAGAUGUGGAGAAAGCUUUUCAGGAGAUGGUACAGUCUGAAGAUAAAGCAUGUGAAAAUGUGAACAGCAGCAACCUCUUGAAUCAGAGAGGUGAAACAAACAAACAAACACUAAUGAAGUGUUAACCCAUGCAAGAGUAAAAUUUGCAGUGUGGGUUUGGCAAGACACAGUGUAAAUGAACUCUUAAAGCUUGAGAAAUUAAUUGAUUUUUCUUCCAAAUUUAAAGUUAAUACCUGAAUGAAGCAAGUUCAGCUUCUCCAAAAAAAAAAAAAAAAAA